AACUCUGUUGUCUGCAGAAAGACAAAGACUCUUCUGUGGCCUUUUUGAAGUAAACUUUGCUCAGGAGGCAGAGCGUGAAAGGAGGUCAAUGUGAAAAGUAAACAUGAAGUUUUACCUGAGAAAGGUGCGUCACUGAGGCCACACCCACAGCGUGGGAAGAUAUCCAACGAUUAUUGGGAGGAAUUCCUUCACAGGAAGAAACCUGACUGAAUGGAAAGACACACAAGGAGGAAGUAAACAGAAAGCAGGUGAAGAUGGAUGCUGGAAUCUCAGAGCUGGACUCGGACCCUCAGAACCAGGACCCAGAUGUGGACCCGGUGCUCCUCUGGGCCCCCAGCGGGAGGCGUCUGAUCUCCGGUCUGCUGGGUCUGAACCUGGUGCUGCUGGGAGCCGCUCUGGUGGCAGGAGAAGCCUUCAACCCGGAGGGCCUGAAGCAUGAGGAGCCGGAGGUGUUCCUGCUGGUUCUGAUGGGGUCCAGUUUGGUCUGGAUGCUCUGGUACCUGCUGUGGGCCCGGAAGCAGCCCGGCAUCUGCCCCCACCAGGAUCACCACGCAGGGGGCACCACUGUCAUCGUGGUUCUGGUUCUGUUUGCUGCCUUCAGCCUGCUGCUGUACGUCUGCAGAAUCGGUUAUCUGAUGAGCGUCAGGGAGUGUAAACCUGCUGCUACUCUCAUCUCUCCGUUCAUAGAGGUGCCGUUUCUCGCUCUGCAGACAUAUUUGCUCUGGGCUCACUCCAAAGACUGCAUUCACAAGCACAAAAUCGUCACCAGGUCGGGGUUGAUGGUGAUCCUGUCAGCCGACCUGCUGCUGUGGUUGAACGCUGUGACGGAGGACUCCAUCCAUGAGGAGAUCGAGUUAGAAAAACAAGACAAUCUCAUGUUCAGCAACACAAACUCCCUUGAUGAUGAUGACAGCUUUGAUUUAGCAGGAAACUCGUCGUGUCAGUGCAGUGCCAGUGCCGCCUGCGUCGCCUUCCGGAAAGGCUUCGAGAUCCUUUAUCCCUUCAACAUCGAGUUCUACCUGAUGGCCAGCUGCAUGAUCUACGUGGUCUGGAAGAACGUUGGUCGCAGGACGAGUCCAGACCACCACCACGCUGACGAGAAGUUCAGCCUCCGAGUCCUCUUCAAGGGUAGGAUCAUAUUCGGCCUGGUGUUUGGCGGCCUGGUCCUGGUCGCAGGAGUCGUCAUCUUCGUCCUCUACCAGAUCUGGGUGAGUGAUACGGAGCGUCGCCUCACUGCCUUCCUCGUCUUCUACGGCUACCAUCUGGCCAUCAUGCCCAUCAUGUCGCUCUGCUCGCUGGCCGGGGUCCUGGUCCACCGGCUGGAGAGAAGAGCCCACGAAGGAAGCCACAACCCGACCAGAAGCCUGGACGUGAUGCUGCUGGUGGCGGCGGCUCUCGGCCAGCUCGCCCUGUCCUACUUCUCCCUGGUUGCGGCCAUCGCUGUGGGCACCCAUGGGCCUCUGGGGGACCUGGACCUGUCCUACUCCAUCCUCAGCCUGCUGGAGCUCAUCCUCCAGAACAUCUUCAUCAUCGAGGGCCUCCACCGGCACCCAAGCCUGGUCACCAAGAAGAAGGAGAAGCAGUGGAGCGGCAUCUUUAAGUCCAAGAAAAAGGCUGUUCAAGAGGAGAAGACGACGGAUAUUUCUCUGCUGGAGGGAAACACAUCAGCGCCACCUGGUGCCCAGGAGCAUGAUGGGAAAAAAGCCUGGAUCAAAAGAGCCACGCAGGAGAUCUGCGCUUUCCUCAUCCUCUCUAACAUCAUGCUCUGGGUGAUUCCUGCGUUCGGAGUUCAUCCACAGUUCGAGAACGGUUUGGGGAAGCAGUUCUUCGGCUUCAGCCCCUGGUUCGUUCUGGUGAAUCUGGGUCAGCCGCUGGGAGUUUUCUACAGGAUGCACUCAGUGGCAGCUUUAAUGGAGCUGCUCAUCUCUGCAUGACGACCACCUGAUACCAACUGAAUCAUGUUAAACUAGACCAAACCAAGAAGGGAAAUACCAGCAGCCCACGUUUAUACCACAUCAUCUGGCUUGAUUAAUCACAGAUUCAUUAAGACUUGAACAUGACGAGGCCUUGAAGUGUUUGGGCCGGACUGCCCCAGAGUACGUUACAUGAUUGAUAGAUUUUUAUGGCAGUCAAGAUGGUCGAACUACAGGAGAUUCACUAGGAAAUAGAGCAACUUUUGUUUGAUUGAUAGAAUGAGGGCAGAAUCAGUAGAUAGUGUGACCAAGUAGGAGAAUUUUUAUUAUUUUGAAUAAUAUUGUGCGAGCAGAUUGGUAAAAUAUAUUGAUAUUUAAUGUGUAAUGUUAUAAAAAUCUAAAAAGAAGUGGUGCUACUUGUACAAAACGCAAACAAAGUGGUUUUAGAUUGCAAAAUCUUGCUCUGAACUCGACAUCUUCGGGAUGAACUGGAAUACAGGUUCAACAUCUGCUGCAGAGACUGAAACCAGCGGAAUGGAGGCUGUUACAGCUGCAGAUUAAUGCCAACACUGCUGCAAUGACAUGUUCAGUUAUUACAGAUAAAUAUAAUAUGAAAGUGUCCACAUAUUUGGUGUUUUCUUACCAGCACAUACAGAACAUACAGAACUAUAAAAUACUGUGGGAAGGUUUUUAGAGUAUUUUGGCAAAAUCCUUGGAAACAAGAACAAGGAUUCCUGCAGCAGAUGACCUGAACUCCAGAGUUCUGAUCUCAGCAUCAUGGAGACCGUUUGGAUCACACAAAGAGAUACUGAGAAAGACUGAAUCCAUAGAAAGACUGUGGUGAGUCUCCAAGAUCCUCUACAGUCAGCAUAAAAUCAAGUCCUGGACCAGGUCAGAAACCAUUCCAAAACUAGAGCAACACCAGUCCAAAACAAAGUUGGGAAAGAGUCUGAAAUCAAUUCCAAAACCCAGCCCAAACAGGUAUAAAAUCAACUCCAGAACUCACAUAAAACCAUUCUAAAACUAAGUCUGAAAACAGACCAAAACCAGGUCCAGAACAAGUCCAAAAUGAAGCCCAAAGUAAAAGUAUUCCAAAACCAAAAACCAGUCCAAAAUCUACUCCAGAGGGCAGUCAAAAACUGAAUAGGAAAAAAAAAAAAAAAGUUCAGGGCCAGUCCAAGAUCAAGUACCAAACUGGUCUAAAACCACAUCAAAAACCAGUUGAAACCCAGGUCUGAAAAGACUUACAAAGCGGAUGGAUGGAUGGAUGGAUGGAUGGAUGGAUGGAUGGAUGGAUGGAUGGAUGGAUGGAUGGAUGGAUGGAUGGAUGGAUGGAUGGAUGGAUGGAUGGAUGGAUGGAUGGAUGGAUGGAUGGAUGGAUAUUUUAUUAAUCCCGAGGGAAAAUCAAGUAAGUCCAAAUCCAAGUCUAAAACCAAGUCUCAAACCAUUUCAAAACAAGUUCAAAAAACAGUCCAAAACCAGUCUGAAACCAAGUGCCAGACCAGUCCAAAACAAAGUCCAGAACUGGUCCAAACCCAGGUACCAAAACUGGUCUAAAACCAAGUCAAAAACCUAGCCUGAAAAGAGUUUGGAAGCAAGUACAAAUCGAAGUCUAAGAUUUGGUCCCAUACCAUUUCAAAACCAUUUAAAAUCAGUCCAAAACUGACUCUACAACCAGUCUGAAACUAGGUGCCAGACCAGUCCAAAAUCAAGUCCAGAAUUAGUCCAAAACCAAGUGCCUAACUGGUCUCAAACCCAGUCAUAAAUCAAAUCUGAAAUCUGUCAAAAGGUCAGUCUCAAGCUAGUCUACAACCAAGUCUAAAACAAAAUAAAAAACUAAGUCCAGAAUGGGGUCCAAAACCAGUUCAAACCCAAGUCUGAAAAGACUUUGUAAGCAAGUCCAAAUCCAAAUCUAAAACCAAGUACCAUACCAUGUCAAAACCAGUUCAAAACCAGUUCGAAACUAACUCCUGAACCAGUCCAAAACCAAGUGUCAGAAGUAGUCCAAAACCAGGUACCAAACUGGCCCAAAACCAAGUCAAAAACCAAAUCUGAAAAGACAUGUGGUGCAAGUCCAAGUCCAAAGCCAAGCCCCAAACCAUUUGAAAACCAGUCUGAAACCAAGGCAAAACAAAUUCCCUAAUACCAGUCUGAAACCAGUCCAAACGGAAAUCCUAAGCCACCACAUCCCAAAGUUAAAAACAGGGUCCAGAACCAGGCUGAAAAGAAGAACCAUCAUCAUGGAGUUAGUCUGGAUCAUAUGAAAACACUGAAACGACUGAAUCCACAGAAGAAUUUUAUGUUCUCCAAGAUGCUAAACAAGCUACCUGCCGAGUGCCUUGAUAAACUUUGUACCAAAGAGAUCGGUGCUGUUUACAGGCUCUAUAAUAUGGAUCUGUUUUUAAAAAUAAAAAAUAUUGAUGAAAUUGUU